UCCAGGCAUGCGUGUCUCCUCUCUUCUCGUAAUUGCCGCAGGCUUCUUGCUCGCAUCCAGCGAAGCUUUUUCGUCCGAAUCCUCCGCCAAGCUGUCGAUCCAGAACGCUGCACGCGGGACCCGGUUCUUGAGGACGGCGGCAUUGGAGACAACGCGAGACGAUGAAGAGAGGGGAGUCACCAUGAACUUCGCGGGGCACUUUCGUGGCAAUAAGGCGACGAAGAAGUUGCUCAACUUGUGGUACAAGACUGGAGAAUCCGAAGCCUCCGUUGCCGCGAAACUCGGAAUUUCCAGCGUCCCGCAGGCCUUGAGAAGCCAGCACGAGAACUGGAAGGCGCUUGUCAAGUACAAGAAGCUGCUAGACGACCGCUUCGCGAGGUUUGGUAAGCGCUACUACAAUAAGAAGAGGGCAACGGAUCAGAUGGCGCGGUGGGCUGUUGAAGGUAAAUCCGAGGCGUGGGUCGCCGGAAAGCUGGGGAUGUCCAUGCUGUCCAAGGAACAGAUGAAGGUCCACAGGAAUUUCAAGGCGUUCGACCUCUUUUUACAGUACCAAAAGGGCGUAGCGAGUGUCCGCGUAGGAUAA